AUGCAUGACGCAAUGUUCAAAUCUGCAAUGCCAUUAUACGAUGUUCCAACGGAAAGAAAACAGAAAUUGGAAUGUAAUUUUCUUGGCUCUGGCUAUGGUUCCAAUUAUCCCAGGAUGCCUCUCGGUGAAUUCUUUGGAAUUGAAAAUGGAACAAAUAUUGAAGGUACCAAAAACUUCGCCAGCCUCAUGUGGCCGGAGGGAAAUGAUCAGUUCUACGAAACUACAGCUUCAUACUGUAAGCUCUUAUCAGAAUUGGAAGAUGCCAUUACGCGAAUGGUGUUUAGUAGUUAUGGCGUGGAGAAAUACUUCGAGGCUUUCACUCAAUCCUCAUUUUACCUGACAAAAUUCAUGAAAUAUCGAGUCCCCAAGGAAAAUGAGAUCAAUAUGGGACUUGUACCUCUCAUUGAUAAAACAUUUUUUGGCCUAAUCGACACAAACACAAAAGGUCUAGAGAUUGAAACAAGAGAUGGUGAGUGGAUUAAUUUUGAGCCAUCCCCUAACACUUUCCUAGUCAUUGCAGGCGAGAUAUUCACUUCUGAUGGUUGUUUGGGUGGAUCGUAUAAUUUGAAAAUUUCUUGUUCAUCCUCCACCCUCAAGGUCAACUCAGCUUUCUCCAUAUCAAUCAAGGAAUAUCGGUUUUUCAGUUUUAAUGAGUACAUCAUCAAUAUUGCCUCUAGGAUAUUUGAUGCAUCUAUUAGCCAACUGUAG